GAUCGCAAGAAUGGGGAUUAUUCUUGUAAUAUCUCACUGUAAAAGAGAAAUUGACCUCUGAGAUGGGCCACUGCACCCAUGCCACAGUGCAAGUAAAAGGAGGUGGUGAAUCAUCUGUCGAUCAUCUCGCCAGCCGCCUGUUGUUCCGGCAAAAUGCUGGGGCGGUCAUCAGUUCACGAUGUAGCUGAAAUCCGGGGCCAACUCAAAUACAGCAGUCGGGCAUGUGCCAUAUGCAGUCACUGUGCCUCCUUGUGGGAGGUGAGACGAAUGCGGCGCUAGCCUUCAUGAGCUUGAGGGAGUGAGAUGAGGAUCAGGUCCAGCUCAGAAGAGCACAUUGUUCGGGGAUAUCUUCUGCGUUGACAACCAUGAAAGUUAUUUCUUGAGCAAGUUAUCGGUAUCACCCAGCUUUCUUCGAUCAGGCCGAUCAGGCUUGAUCUCUGUCUACCUCUCGGAUCAUCAUCUCUUCAGAAUCUGCAAAGAGAUAAAUUCUUCCUACAUCGAUAUCGAUCGGUGUUUCUCACGUAGAGUCUUCUCAUCUGGGGCUACCUUGUUCUGUGUCUGAUUUAGUGCUGCAUUCUCUUCACAAUGACGGACCCUCAGGCUAAGUACGGCGAAUGGGCCACGGGAAUAUGCGGCUGCCUCCAGGAUAUGCGUUCCUGUUGCUGCGGGUGGUGUUGUCCAUGCGUGCUGGUCGGGCGAAUUGUUGAGAUCAUUGAUCAGGGUGCUACUUCAAACAAAGCAGGAUGUUGCACUUUCUGCUUGCUCGCCUCCUGCACCGGUUUCGCUUGCUUCUACACGUUUGGUUACCGUGCCAAGCUGCGAGCAAAGUACGGUUUACCCGCGGAACCUUGCGCAGAUCUGUGUACAGAUUGUUUCUGUUUGACAUGCUCCAUUUGCCAAGUUUACCGUGAGCUGCAAAAGCGCCUCGGAAGCCUCGAUAAAGGGUACUCGCCAAGCAUCAAGGAACGCUAUGAAGCGCCAACGCAAACAGUCUACGAUAAGCCGGCUGUUUAUGAUGAGCCACCACAAGAACAAUCCAUGAGUCAAGAUGAGCAUCACAAUUGACGACUUAAAUUGGCGAGCUUCGAAUCUGUUCUAAGAGGAGGCGGAUUCUCAAAGAGUUAACUACGUGAUUGCUGCUAUUGAAGUUUCCGUCGGUCAGCCCGUCGCUGAGACAGCACUUUCUUGUUCAUGGGAAUUGCGCAGCGUUUCUUCACUCAUGUGACGCAAGACAUGGAUCUAAUCUGUGCAAUGUCUCAGAGUCAGCUUCCAAGAGAGGCAGACAUCACCACAGCAUCCCCAUGGCUUCGAUUCUUCAGUCUCGUUUGAAACCCAAGGGCUACGAGAUGCACUGAUCGAACUUUUGCCUUUACUGAUACACUUCCGAAUAUUUUUGGUGACGAUGAUUUCCUAGACUCUUCCAGAAGAGAGAGAUAUGUGUAUCAUCAACAAGUAUGACUUUCCCUCGCCUGCAAAAAAUACUUCGUAUGAACGCUAGUGCCGUCAUUCUCCAGAAUAUUUUCAACCAUGUGACCAAAGAUUAGAAUAUGGCACUCUCUCUAUCUCCCUCCCUCACCCACUCACUCAAUGUAGUAGACAUAGCUCAUCUUGCCCGAUCAUCCGGGUGUUUCGAUGGUACUCCAGGUAGGCAGACAGUGGUAGAUAGAUACUCAUCAUCAUCAUCGUCAUCAAAACUCUCGGCGUCAACUUCAGAUAGAAGUAGAACAUCUAGCGAUAGAAGCAUCCAUGAUUUUGAACACAUACAUAUUCAACAGGUCAAUGACUACUAGUGUACCUUUCUCGUCAGUUUUAGCGAAAGCAUCCACUUCCGACUUGUAAAAUGUCAAAUCUUUGAAUUGUACCUUUUGGGAUUUGU